UGCACUUUACCGCCUUACAGGCUGCUUCACUGCUCGACAUGCUUGCUGUUCCCGUCAAGAGGAGCACGCAUGCACGACAGCAGAGUCACUUCCUUGAGAAGAAAUCAUGUCCAGCAAUCAUAAGGACCAGGGAGAAAACCAGUUUCGGAAGUCGCAAAUCAGUGCAGGUCUACAUAUACAUUUUAGCGUCUGCAUUGCUGACAACAACCUUAUGGCUGGACGUUAAGGCAGGAUUUUACCCCAUUAAGAGACCCGGAGGUGGCGGUAUCACGAGUGGGAACACCAAUACCUACGCUUUUUUCAGUGGCCCUGUAUCGGCCCCCGCACAUCCGGUCAUUGUGAGCUCGGCGGCCAGCGGGAGCGGUACUGGGGGCUACACAGGUUUCUUAGGCUCCCUUGUCCGCGGUAGAACUGGAGGACAGGGGGACGCAAAAGGUGUAGUAGGAUCUGCAGGCCACGGAGUACCUUCCGUUGACUUUGACGCCUAUCCGAGCUACAACUAUGCCUACCGGGUAGCCGACUCUAGAACUGGAGACACCCACUCGCAGCAGGAAGCACGCAACGGUGAUACCGUCGUGGGGCAUUACUCUCUGCAGGAGCCAAACGGCAACGUUAGAACUGUCAAGUACAUCGCAGAUAACAAUGGCUUCCAGGCACAGGUGCACAACUCAGUUACUAACAAUGCCGUUGCCAGUCCGAGUAGCCUUAGUAAGUUAUGGUAAUGUCAGUAAUUCUUAGUCCCAUUGUUAAAACCUGUAACAAAUUUUGUGGCAAUAAACGUUAACUUUCAAACCCAUUCUCUUUCCUUGUCGGCGGCCGUUUAAGAAAUGUAAAUGCUAUGUAAAUUGAAGUUUCUCUGCCGCCUAUUCAUAUGCUUCCUUGGACAUACAGAGGCCAUUUUAACUAACUGUAUGGGGCAGAGUCCUUCUUGAAAAGAGUAGAGUCGUUGAGCUGGCCGAAAAUUCCCACCUUCUAUGAAACCCAAAAGUUCAUUAACA